AUGUUGUGCAUUUCGACAAUCUGUGUCUUGAUAUUCGCGGUUUCUGCGCAAUAUGACGAUAUUUCAAUUCUUGGCGAGGUUCUUGAUAGAACCACUAAAGCUGUUGACGUUUUGGUAGUCGAAGAAGGCUCUGGAGUCGAGGUUUCUUCAGUUACUCCUUUAAACGCAACACUUCCAUCAUCUUCGACUUCUACCACCACUACCAGCACAACGACUGAAAUUCCGACAACUACAACCACUGCCACUACCACCACUGCUACUACUACUACUACUGUCAGCACAACAACGACUACAACAGAAAAACCAACAACGGAAGCUCCAACUCAAGCUCCAACGACGCAAACGGAAUCUUUUCCAGAAACCACCAAUCCAGAGGAAGAAGAAGAGGAAAGCUUCCUUGGCUUCAAGAAGCCCGAUUUAGCCACUAUUUACCGUCGACUUUUCCCGUUCCAGCAUCCAGGACAAGAAGGCGCAAGCGGAUCGUUCCAUUGA